GUCAGUCUUUGGCUCGAGCUUGAAACAUCGGACUGCAGUCGUUGGUCUUUCUCGACCCUGAGACCCUGUCUCUCACUUGCAGGUCCUUUUCGUUUCUCGCGCCGACCUUCUGAAUGGGCGGUAACCAUUCUGUCAUCUAGCACACUACAUCAGCUUUCCAACUUCUCGUAGUCCAAGGCGAACCUUGAGACUGAACACCCUGGGAGAAACACCCUGAGAGAUUCAAACGGUCUAGAGCGUGCUCCCAGUCAAAGAUGGACUAUGCGGCCAGAUCUAUUCUGCUCACUGCCGCGGUUCUUGGCGCGUUCCAGCUAGUGAGCCGAAUCCUGCGAAAGUCUUCUCUCGACCGCAUUCCCAGUGUCGGAGUUUCCUCUGGCCCAUUUGGAUUCUACCGAGGCUCGUGGCGCUACAUCAAGGAUGCGCGAGGGAUCACAGAGGAAGGAUGCAUGCGGUAUCCCGACAAGCCGUUCAAAGUCCCGUUCGCAGACAGAUGGCUGGUCCUCGUGUCGGGACCGUCCUUCCUGGAGGAUAUCCGUAAGGCGUCGGAUAGUGAACUGUCCCAAGCCGAGGGAGCGAACGCAUUGUUGCACCUGGAGCACACUCUCGGCCACGAGCAGCAUCAAGACCCUUUCCAAGUUCCUGUCGUCCGCUCCCCAUUGACUCGCAACAUCGGAGUCUGCUUUCCGGACAUCCACGACGAGGUCGUCAAUGCCUUCACGGAUCUAGUCCCUCCCAGUGAUGAAUGGAUCAGUGUCCCGGCCAUGCAGACAGUCCUCCCUAUAGUAUCAAGGAUCUCGAACCGAUUUUUCAUUGGGCUUCAAUGCCGCAAUCCAGAACUCAUAUCGAUAACGACGCAGUUCGCUCAGCACGUAACCACUGAUGCGGCCCUGCUCCAUAUCACUCCUGGAUUUCUGCGCAACGCCGUGGCCCACUUUUUCGGACAUCUGGAGUCCACGACACGCAAGACCAUGAGGCUUGUCGGGCCGCUGAUCCAACACCGAAUCGACAUGGACGAGCGUUACGGGUCAGAGUGGCCUGCAGGGGAUCGUCCGAACGAUUUGAUCAGCUGGCUUCUUGACGAGACGCGGGAUCAGCCCCGCCGGCGCAAUGUCCGGACGCUCACUCGCACCCUGCUCAAUGUUAAUUUCGGGGCCAUCCAUACCACGACGCAGGGUUUUCUGCAUGCGCUGUACACGAUUGCCAGCCACCUCGAAUUUGUGCCACCUCUACGCGAGGAAAUAGAAGCUGUUGUGCAGGCGGAAGGCUGGACGAAGGCUGCGCUCGCUAAGAUGGUCAAGCUGGACAGCUUUAUGAAGGAAUGCGCUCGCUUCACUCCCGGGGGCGUCGUGGCACUGCUUCGUCAGACUGUCAAGGACUUUGUGUUCUCGGACGGGACGGUUGUGCCAUCUGGGACGCUGAUCGGAGUUCCGGUUAUGCAGGAGCAUUACAAGGCGUCGAACUACACGGACGGGCACAUCUUUGACCCAUUUCGCUUUUCCCGUCUGAGAACGGAAGCGGGCGAAAGCGUGAAGCAUCAUAUGGUCACUCCUCGGGCCGACUUUCUGACUUUUGGGCUGGGUCGACAUGCAUGUCCCGGAAGAUUCUUCGCGGUCAACGAGCAGAAGCUGCUGAUGGCGCAUAUGCUGGUAACCUACGAUGUCAAGCUCCGGGAUGGCAAGCGGCCGGAAGAUGAAUGGAUGUUUGUCGCAGGGGCUGCGAAUUCCACGGCAGAGGUUAUGUUUCGUAAACGCCAAGUUUAGAUAUGUUACUGCACAGGCGGGAAAUCGUAUCUUCUCGAGGUUUGGAUGAAACACGACGAAGUCACGAUCACCCUCAAUCACCGAGUGGAGUUAACACACUGGCUCCAUUCUCGACCCGUGCAUGCUUGGACGGAAAGACCAACUCGAGCACGACCCGCGCGCAGUAUUCGCCACACCAAACGCGAUGCCUUUCCGCUCCCGCCGGAAAUAGCCGCGAUCAUUUUGUUAUCUACCGCCAUCUCCCGCGAGUCAGUUGCCCGGCUUUCCGAUAUGAAGUUCAGCGCCUAGUCUCUCGUGAAGUCUGUCUAAUAGAUAACUGAAUAUUGCACGAUCUGAAGGCCGGUGCCGCGCAGGGAACAAGAGUCCCCAGCCUUCUCGAACAUGAGGCUGUCCGCUCGUUGGAUCGUCCAGCGAGCAUCGGUUUUUACGCGUACUGCCCCAAAUCUCUUCUCGCGUUCCAAAUCCGCAGCAACAUCCCAAAGAUGACAAUCCAUAUCGUCGCCGAAGACCGGGCUGGAGCUCAGUCGCUCCUACUCGCGGAUGGAUCUGAAUCAUGUACCUGCGAGCUUCCUUCCAGGGUGCUGCGGAAGGCCGCCGCUGGGAGCCGUUACUCCAACUGGAAAUCGAGCUGCAGAGAUAUUCUGGCACCGCGCUAGCUCGCGGUCAGUAUGCGAUGCUUCUGGUUGGCUGCGAACUUUCAAGAGAUUCGGCCUUUCCCUCCGUCGGAGUGAAACCCGACCAUCGAUCGUCG